AUGUACAGCGAGCUGCAGCGUCUGUAUGACUGCUUCGGCGGCUGCGUGGACCCGGGUCAGGGCUUCCACGGCCUGAUGGACGAGGUUCGGCUGUGGAAGACGGCCCUGGGCCAGGAGGAGAUUGUACGGCGAAUGAGAUGGUCCAGCGGUCUGGAGGGCUUCCCCGACCUGGUGGGGUGGUGGAAGUUCGACGAGCCCAACAGCGACCCGGGGAUAUUCCGCCACCACACGGCGGCUCGGGACGCCUCGGGACACGGCAACGACCUGCAGCUGGAGACCCCGCCGCGGCCCCGGAGUGGAGUGGACAUCCCCGUGCCUGGUUCCCGUACUCCCCUCCGUACGGGCGCCCUCGAGUUCCGCAACGGCCUGGCCAUCAACAAGCGAGUGCAGGGCUUCCCGUCGAGGUCGUUCACCGUUGAGAUGUGGGCCAAGGGGGCGAAGGUGCAGCAGCGCGCCACACAGCUGUUCAGCUACGCCGCGCAGAAGACCACGUCGGACGGCUACCAGGCCCCAGGUUUCCUGGACGAUGCCGUACGGAUAGAACGUCUCCUGGCUUCCAGUGUACAGCGGCGCAGCAAGUACGGCGCACCCUCCUGGAUCGACAAUACCGGGGGCGCGGUGGCCCUCCACGUGAACAGCAACGAGAACACGGACAACCCGGGCCGAGAGGCGGUCAUCAUGUUCGAUGCCAAGUGCAGCUUCACUCCGGCACUCGCACGUAUUUUUGUUUUUCAUUGCACCCUGCUCACAACCUUGAUACCUCUCUGCCUCCUCGCAUGUACCCUCCUUGCCCGCCGCUUCUGCUGCCUGGCCAGGACUGACGACCAGUGGCACCACGUGGCCGUUACGUGGGAGUACGACACGGGUACUGCAGCUCUGUACCUCGACGGCCAGCCCCGAGUGCCCUUCUACAAGUCGGACUUCGGCGCUGUGGAGGAGCGGUCCCCCCUGGAGGGCGGGGUGGGGUCCCGGCUGGCGGCGGGGAGCUCCAGGGACGGGGGCGGGGCGCUGGUGCUGGGACAGGUUCUUCUGCUGCCCAACUUCCUUGACUUCCCGUCCAGCUCGCUGACCCUGGAGUUCUGGAUGACCAGCAUCGACCGCUGCCGGCCCGGGGUGCCCUUCAGCUACGCGGUGGGCGACUACAACAACGGAGACAACGCCUUCCUGCUCUUCAACUACAACAGCUGGCGGAUUCGACAACCCCGGCAUGGACCCGGCCUCCUCCGGGCUGGUGGCGUACUGGCGCUUCGACGAGGGCAGCGGGUACCGGGUCCGUGA